GAAGUAAUUAGUUGUGUGUAUGAAAUUUUCUAUAUUUCAAUAACCAGAUAGCUUAUUUUGAAUUCAAUUUCAUAAUAUAAAUAUGUUUAUUAAUAAAAUUUGCACCGAAAUAUUGUUUUGUUUUUUAAUAUUUGUCAGUAUAUCUCAAGCCCUUUUUAUCUUUAAAGUUUUAAAAACAAUAAGGUGUAUGAAAAAUAGAGAACUUGAACUCAUUAAUACGUACAUAAAUGAACCACCACCUGAUACAGUACCACCAAAUAGUUUUACAAUAUACCAAGAUGUAACACACCAUAUGAAUUUAACGCUUACGUUAACGACUUUUACGAAAAAAAAUAAAACGUGGGAAUAUGUACGAUCAUUAUCAGGAAAAACUAUAAAUUUUUGUACAUUUGUAAAGUAUGAUGUUAUAAUGAUGCCUAUCCUAAGGAAAUUUAUAUCAUUUCCUCACGAUUGUCCAUUGAAAAAAACUUCUCAAAUAAUAAGUAGAAAUCAACUAGAACCAAUGAUAAGACCAGUGAUGUAUAUUGGGUGUUGGAAAUUAAAAAUUGAGUACACAGAUUCAAGAAAAAAUAUUAGGGGAUGUUACAAUAUCAUAUGUUUACAAUCAACGGAAGCUCAACUUGAAACUGAUUUAAAAUCAUGUUAUUAAUGUGUUUAACAUGUUCAUGAACAUAUUCAUUGUAACUUUGAAACCUAAAAAUUACUCAACAAUAUUAAUAAAUUGAGGAAUACGUAAAAAAAUCUCGUUUUAAUUCAGCAGUGAUUUUAUUAUAAAAAUA